CUGCCCCCUGUGAAAUUCCUCACUAGCAGGCUGAUUCCUACGGUUAUCCAGGCUGCUUCCUCCUCCAGCGUCUACCGUGGACUCUGGGGCAAACUAUUUCACAGCUCGUGGAAACCUUAUCUGCUCCAGGAAUGAUAUUUUCACCGGUGGAGGGUUGAUGUUUCCUCACCGGGCGCCCCCAGGGUCGCUGACUGCCGACAGCUCGCCACCUCUGUCAGCCUCUCGAGUGAGUCGAUAGAUUGCCUCAAGCUCUGCAAAACAGUGCACAAGGAUCCGCUGCAUCUACCAGCGGUUGAGCCGAGUGGCCUCUGUUUUGCCCCCAAGCCCAGCUGCUUGGGUAGGACUGCAUCACCAUGGACACAGAGUCCACCUACUCGGGCUACUCCUACUACUCUGGACGCUCCCGGGGAUCCCACAGGCACGGGGAACGAAGCCGGGAUCGCCAUAAGGUGCGCAGUAAAGACAGCCGCUCAGAAAAGUCUGUUACAAUUAACACACCGCCUGCAGAGCCGCUGCUGGGUGACUCGGUCGUUCGAGGAGAGCAGGUUCAGGAUGACAACUGGGGCGAGACUACCACUGCUAUCACUGGCACAUCUGAGCACAGCCUCUCUCAGGAGGACAUUGUUCGCAUCACCAAAGACCUAGAGGACAGCGUUGGGCUAGACUGCCGCCGUUACUUCACCCUGACCUUGGCCGUGAUCCUGGGACUGCUGGUGUUCCUGACGCCAAUUGCCUUCCUGGUGCUUCCUCACCUCCUCUGGCCUGAGAAGCUGCAGAGCUGCGGCACGGCCUGUGAAGGUCUCUUCAUUUCCGUGGCCUUCAAACUACUCAUACUGCUGCUGGCCGUGUGGGCGCUGUUCUUCAGGUCGCCGCGGGCUGGCCUCCCGCGGGUCUUCCUCUUUAGGGCAUUGCUUGCUGUGCUGGUGCUGCUCUUUGUCGUCUCCUACUGGUUGUUCUACGGUGUUAGGAUACUCGACUCACAGGAUGACAACUACCAGGGAAUCGUGCAGUACGCCGUGUCGCUAGUGGACGCUCUGCUCUUCAUCCACUACUUGGCCAUCGUACUGCUGGAGCUCAGGCAGCUUCAGCCAUGCUUCUCCUUGUGUGUCACACGCUCCACAGAUGGAGAGACAAAGCACUACAAUCUGGGACAGCUCAGUAUUCAGCGAGCAGCUCUGGCCAUCAUCGAGCAUUACUAUUGCGAUUUCCCAGUCCACAACCCGGCGUUGCUCUCGGCCUCCAAAUCCCGCGCCGCAAAGCACUUGGCUGGCCUCAAGGUCUACAACGUGGAUGGUGAGUUCCCAGCAGCCCCCGCUGAGGGCCCAGGAAAUAAUGCUGCAGCAGGUCUAGCUCACUCCCAGUCCAGAGCCAUGAUCGCAGCAGCUGCUCGACGCAGAGACUCCAGCCACAACGAGCUCUACUACGAGGAGGCCGAGCACGAAAGGCGCGUCCGCAAACGGAAAGCGAGACUGGUGGUGGCAAUAGAGGAAGCAUUCACACAUAUCAAGCGCAUGCAAGAGGAAGAGCAGAAGAAGGCUCCGAGUGAUGUGAUGGACCCACGAGAGGCGGCACAGGCCAUCUUCCCCUCCAUGGCUCGAGCCCUACAGAAAUACCUGAGGACCACCAAGCAGCAGCACUGCCACAGCAUGGAGAGCAUCCAGCAGCACCUGGCCUUCUGUAUCACCAACAACAUGACGCCCAAGGCGUUUCUGGAGAGCUACCUGAACCCAGGUCCGACCCUGCAGUACAGCCGCGACCACUGGCUCGCCCGUCAGUGGACACUGAUCAGCGAGGCAGCGGUCACCAGCAGCCUGAAGGACGGCUCAAUCUUCCUGCUCAAGUGCGUGGACUUCAGUCUGGUGGUGACAUCCAAGAAGAUCCCGUACAUCCAGAUGUCGGAGGAAUACAUCGACCCCAAGUCACACAAGUUUGUCUUGCGGCUUCAGUCUGAAACCUCCGUGUAGGAAGACUUGUUUUUUUUUGUUUUUUUUCUACUCCUCACUCUUUUUGUUGCUCUCAAAUGUUUUCAUUUUGGGUUUGCAGUUUUUAUUUGAAAUUGUUUUGGAAUUUUUAUAUAUUGUAUAUGAGUCUCUAUAUCACACCCGUUUGAAUAUAUUGAUCUUUUUAUGUUGUAUUUGGAUGGAAAGAAGAAUUGCCACAGGAUUACGCUCACAGGGGUUUGGAAGCCUUGUACAUGUGUCAUUACCGUUUGUUCCUUCUGUGAGCAGUUGGAGUCGAACCAAACAGGAACAUUUGAGGUUGACGUCUCCACAGAGACCUUUUUUUUUGUCUCUGUCACACUUUUAUAUGCAUGGAACAGACCGAGGAACUAUCAAGGGCCGCGCUGGUGUGCCUCGUAUUUUGACAUUUGUCACCUGAAACAAGUAUUUUGCCUGUUUUGCCGUCUCGCCUUCAACAUCUGAAGGUAUUCAGAUGCUUUUGGACGUCAACAGAUUGAGAUGUAAAUGGAUUUAUUUCUCUCUCUCUCUCUCCAAAAAAAAAAAACAACAAAUUAAAUGCAUUUGACAAAAAAAGAAACUAAACUUCAAUCAGAUUUUGCAUUAAAUGCACAUUCAUGUAUGUUUUUAAAUUAAAAGAAAGUAUCUUAAAAGUUGGAAUAUAUGUGCUCCAAAAGGAUGUCUGACUCUUUUCAUUUCCUCCAUCACUACUUCAGGACAUCUGCACAGCUCCGGAGAAACGCGUUGUGUUUCUGCAUUUGAAACAUCAAACCUCACUAAGACCGGUCAUACAGUAGCAGCCUUGUGUUCUAAUGUUAGCAGCCAAAGAGGGGCGCUUUGGCCUGUUUCGGUGCAUGAUUUCUCUCCAGGUGCAACGGAGCAAAACCAGAAAUAUUUCCACUCCAGUUGGGAACAACACAUGCAUGCUAUGUUUAACACCAAGGUGAACUCAGAGUGAACCAGGCUAUAAAGGCCGAUGGAUAACAAUUGCCCUGCCUCAUCGCUUCAGUAACGUUCUCACUGCUUUUCACGUCCACCAAUCUGCCUGCCUGAUGUGAUGGAGAAGGGAGGGGCAGAAAAAUAUACUGAUUUCUACAGACCAUCAUUCAAAAUCUGUAAAUUCUCUCAUAAAGGCUGGUAUUCAAAUCAAUGUGCAUGUGGUGAAUUCAGUGUAAUGGACAUUUCCACUGCACAUCAACAGAAUUAUGUUGUCAUCAGAAUUCAUAAAGUUGGAUGUUGUUAAGUCACCUUCGACAAAACUCUCCCUGAUAUUUUCCCACAUUAAAAGCUUUUUAAAACCACAGUAAUCAGGACCGCUCGAAAAAUAGCUGAUUGUUGAGUUUCAUCCUCAGGUUCUUAACAUAUGGGACCAUGGCUCUCUGUUCUCAGAGGACCUCCUUUAAUACGAGACAGGCGACUGGCGACGAUCUUUCCAGAGGAGUAAAUAUUAAAAUAUUGCAAUAUUUCAAAGCCUGAUAUUGUGUCAAUUCUCUAAGCACUGUAUUGAUAUUCUGACAGUUUUGUGUUGUAUUUAAGCCUCCAACCACUAGUUACAUACGUCUAACAGAUGUAUGUAAUCGCCAAAUUCUUGCCAAAACACAGGCCUGAUGUUGACACGCAUUCAUUUCCUUUUCCUGAAGUGUGCAUAAUAGUUGUCGUAGAACAACCAAUAGGAUCACGCGCUCUCUCUGAACUGUGCUUUGACUGGUGGAACCCUCCAGUUAUUGGCCAGAAUUCUCAAAGGCUUGAAACAGAGCCCAGAGGAGGUGCUGCAUUCUUCAUCUCCUUCUGUUCACUUGACUGACGUUACACUGAAAAGUUAUCAUGGGAUUUUAUUUUAUUUUAUUUUUUUUUUUUAAAUCAAUAAUGCCAAAAAAUCCUGCCAACUGUACCUUUAAAAGAAGACAUUAUUUUGCCUUUAUUUCUCAAUACUUGACAUGCAAAACAGGUCCUUAGUGAUGAAAACCCUACAGCAACUUCACUGGCUGAAAUGUUGGGAUUUUUGGUUUAAAAAAGGCGCAUGUGGGAAUAAUUUUAUCAAGAAAACAAGGCAAAUAAGAACUAAUCACAGGUUCCUUUCUCCCACUGGCGUAACCGGAAGCCAUAGUUUGAGAAUUUACAGUAUUUAAAGUAUGAUUUCACAUUUCAGGGCUCACAUGACUUUGCUCUUGUGUCUAUAACAUACAGUAAGUUAAUGCAUGAAUUAGCAGUAAGAGCUGGGUAGAAGCAGGGUGGAACCUGGUUCCCAACUGGACCGUCUGGUUUUCUUUUCCCACCUUGUUUUGUCUGUUUAUGAAACACGCUCACAGGGAAACCCUCGGGUCAGCCACUUUCAAUGAAGACUCAAGACUCUUACUAUUUCUUUCACCUAAGGAAUUGUCAUGCCAGGAAAAUCAACAGUAAAAUUAAGCCAAGACUAAUUAUAGUGACUAUUUUUAUUUUAUUUUUUUUAAACCCUACUUGUCUUUUGUCAUCUGGAAAUAUCACCAAGAGUGUUUUAAAAAAGGAGGCUAAACACUGAGCUGUCACGUCAAAGCGAUCCUCUGUGGCUGUAAGAAGAUCUGUCCCCCGCUGCCCCCUGCUGGAAGCAGUGACCUGUUUUCCCUAAAAAUGUUUUUUUGUUCUUUUUUGUUUUGUUUUUUUUGAAAACCGUUGUUCCACUGGAAACUUGUAACUUUCACACAAACUAGUAAGAUGUUUACAAAAGGCCCUUUUCGCGCUGUUGCAAAUAUCUUUUCUCAAAGCACCUGCCACUGGUCGUUAUUUUACUGACAGGUGAACUUUUAUGAUCCCAGUGUGACUGUGCCCUUCUGUUUUUACACUGGAUCUAUUUAUGUGAUCAAGCAUGUGUGUAUGUUUGUAUGUAUGUAUGUGUGUGUGUGUGUAUGCCAUUCCAGUUCAAAUGACCAGCCUCCACCCCUCUUCUUCCUCCUCCUCUUCCUCAAAACCACCAUCUGUCUCGAUGUUACCAGGUUUUACCUUGGACAAUUUGAUGACGAUCAUGUGAUGUUGCAAUGUAAGACAUGUUUCAUUUUCACACUAUUAGCAUUUGUAGAAAAAAAAACACCGAGCGAGACAGUCGGAGAGAAAAAGAAAAUAAAAUAAACAUUUUGAUGAACCUUUGAA